CCACCUCCUCCGGCCGCUGCUCCUCCAAAUUAUACUGCUAAUAAUUAGCACAACUUGCGCUCAAACCAUAACCCACCGCCAUAUUAUAAGCUUGCGCUCCUCCCUCACUGCUCGGACCGGCCAAACCACCGCCUGGCUCUCACCUUCUCGCGACUUCGCCUUCGGAUUUCGGCCCCUGGAAGCUGACGGCACCCACUUUCUCCUCGCCAUCUGGUUCGACAAGACAGAUAACAAAAUUGUUGUUUGGUGUGCAAACGGGAACAAACCGGUUCAAGUUGGAGCCACAGUGGAGCUCGCCGCCGACGGGCAGCUCUCGCUCACGGAUCAUGACGGCCAAGAGGUGUGGAAUGCCGGAAUUAACGUCACUGUUGCAUAUGCUGCCAUGCUUAAUAGCGGCAACUUCAUUGUAGCAAGCAGCGACGGUUCGGUCCGAUGGCAAAGCUUCGACCACCCCUCGGACACCAUCUUGCCCUCCCAAGUACUGGGUGCAGGCAAGGGGCUCCGGUCCCGUCUAAUGGACACCGAUUACUCCUCCGGACGGUUCAAGCUCAGCGUUCAAAGCGACGGAAAUCUAACCUUUUAUCCGGUCAAUAUCAUGACCGGCUAUGAAUAUGAUCCUUACUGGGCUACCAACACCCCUGGAAAUGGAUCACGGCUCGUCUUCAACGAGUCCACCGGAACAAUCUACUUGGCCCUAAAUAACACCAACAUCAAUCUCUUGCCAGAGAGGAUAUACUCCAUGAAAGAUUUCUAUCAGAGGGCGACCCUCGAUUUCGAUGGGGUCUUCAGGUGAUAUAUCUACCCAAAGAAUGCGAAGAGCGGUGCCGGCUGGACUGCGAUGGGUUUCCAGCCUCCAGACAUCUGCCGGAAUCUCACCUCCAAGAUUGGCAGCGGUGCAUGUGGGUUCAAUAGCUACUGUAUAUCCGGUGGUGGGAAUCAGAGUGUGAAUUGCGUGUGCCCGCCCGACUAUUCUUUCCAGGAUCCAGAUAGGAAGUACAAAGGGUGUGCUCCAAAUUUUGCACCCCAGAGCUGCAAGGGGAAGUUCACGUUGAGGGAGAUGAACAAUGUCGAUUGGCCCGGAUCUGCCUACGAGCACCUGGCUCCUAUAGAUGAGGACAGAUGCAAAACAGGAUGCUUGGGCGAUUGCAACUGUGCGGUAGCCAUUUACCAGUAUGAAGGUCGUAAUUGUUGGAAGAAAAGGCUCCCUCUCUCCAAUGGUAAGAUGGGCGACUACGUGGACCGAAAAGCUUUCGUCAAAGUACCCAUGGAUUCAACAAAGGAUGAUUUUGGUAAGAAGAAGAUUGUCAUAGUGACAACCUUGGUGCCGAUUCUCCUCCUAUUGGUAUGCCUUUGUCUAUUUUUAUGGAAGAAGAACAGAAAACAAGACAUGUUUACAAUUGAAAGGGCCACUGAUAACUUCUCCAUUAACAAUAAACUUGGAGAAGGUGGGUUUGGCCCUGUUUAUAAGGGUCAGUUGGAAGAUGGACAGGAGAUUGCAGUCAAGAGAUUGUCCAAGGAUUCUGUGCAGGGUGUGACAGAGUUCAAAAAUGAGCUUAUGUUAAUUUCUAAACUCCAGCACAAAAAUCUCGUUCAGAUUCUCGGUUGCUGCAUUCAUGGAGAUGAGAGGAUGUUGAUCUAUGAGUACAUGCAAAAUAAGAGCUUGGAUGCCUUCAUUUUUGGUACUUACAUUAUUUUACUCCUUUAUACACUUUUAGCACUGCAAUGUUGA